AUGAAGUUCGGAAAGACAUAUCUAUCCCAUCAGAUCCCCGAAUGGUCGAUUUAUUACAUGAACUAUAAACAUUUGAAGAAAAUCAUCAAAUCAAUCGAUUCAGUGAAGGAAGAGGAAAAUGAAAUAGAUGAAGCAUCUUAUCCUGAAUUGAUUCUGGAAACAUUGAGUUCAUUCUUUUUCGAAAUUGAUAGAAAUAUUGAAAAUGUUGAUGAGUUUUACAAUGCCAAAUACAAGGAAUAUGAACGAAGAUUAACCAAAAUUAUUCAAGUCUUGGGCUAUAAUGACAAUAUAGUCACUCAUAAAGUUGAAAGUCAAGAGGAAUUGGAUGAAAUUGUCAACAUUUUGAUUGAAUUGAGAAUGUUGUUUCGUAAUUUGAAAUGGUUUGGAGAAUUGAAUCAUCGUGGAUUUAUCAAGAUUUUGAAAAAAUUGGAUAAGAAAUUAUCAUCAAUUUUAAAUGAUGGGCAAGUUAGCGAAAUUGAUGUAUCACGUAAUAAUAAAGAAGCUUAUUUAUCUACAAGAAUUGAUGCGUUACCGUUUGCCAAUGAAGCAGAAGUGGCAAAUAAUUUGGAUAUAAUCCAUCGUAUUUUGUUACAGUUGGGAACUAUGGGAUCAACAAGUGAAACAAAAUUGGAGACUUUAAGAAUUGAAAAUAAUGUUGAAUCAUUCCAAACAAUCUUGGAAAAUGAUGAUUCAAAAGCAUUGGAAGAGAAUAUUUUGGAAAACAAGACUGAAAAAUUUAAUAUCUCUUUGUUAAACAAGGCCUCCCUUUUAAAUGCUGACAAAUGUAUCAAUUUGAUUUGGAGACACUUGAACAGUUUAUAUGAUGAAAAAGAUAUAAACGGUCGAAACUUCUUUCAUCAUAAUGUCAUUAGUCUUGGAAAAAACCAAUUUAUUAAAGAAGAACAAUUGACUCCUGGGGAUUCACCAAAUUGGUUAGUUGGUGGUGCUAAUGGUGCUGAUAAUAACAAUAUCAAUAAUACUAGUGGUUUGUUGCAGAUCUUAAACAAACUAGAUAAUAAGAAGUUGUUGAUUGCUAAAGAUCACUACAAUAGAACUCCAUUGCAUUAUGCUGCUCAAUAUGGACUUGUUGAGGCGACAACCAUUUUGUUGGAUUACUACUCAAAAUGGAAUUUGAUCGAUUGUGAAUCAUCAAUUGAUAAUAUGGAAAUCUGGGGUGAUCAAGAAAAUUUAACUCCAUUGCACUUAUCAAUUAUUGGUAAACAUCCAAAAACUACUGAAGUAUUGAUUAAAUUCAACAGUCCUCGGAGACUAACUUGCCCCGAUUUGUUGCUUCUAUCAGUGAGAUUAAACUCCAGUCGUAUCUUAAAUUCAUUAAUCACUGAUGGUCGUAUUGAUAUUGAUUAUACCGAUGAAAACCACAGGAAUGAAACUGCAUUAUACAUUGCUUCCAAAAUGAAUCUUUCUGGUUUAGUUGAAUUCUUGUUGGAGUCCAAUGCAAACACCGAAAUUGGAGAACAAGUAUUUGGAUGGACCCCCAUUUUCAUUGCUGCUUGUGAAGGAUAUAGUGAAAUUGUCAAACUACUAAAAGAAUUCGAUGCUAAUUACGACAUUGUUGAUAAUUCUGGUUGGUUACCAAUGGAACAUGCCUGUUUAAGAGGACAUUUAAACGUGGCUGAUUUAUUACUUCCUCGUGAUCCUAAGCUUUUGCUUUAUGAUACAUACCAUCCAGAAAAUAACAUCACACGUAUCCCUAGUGAAGCUGCUAGUCCAGUGUUACGAGCCAAAGAUGAUGGUGCUCUUCCUACGAGUAUUGAUAGAUUACCUGAAGCUCAUAAACAUGCUGUAAAUGAGUUUUACAAGCAGUUGAAGAAUAACUCCUCUGGUAAUGUGUCUCGUUCAACAUCACCAAAGAGAAAGAAACGAGUCAAAGCCGUGAAAUCAUUUGGUCAUAGGUACCUCGGCGAAGAUGAAAGUUUGAUUUUGGUUACUUUGGGAACAACUGAUUUGCGCGAUGAUCGGGCUCCAGUUGAAUUGAACAAGAUUUCAUUGGCAAAAUCAUUCGCCACUGAAUUGGAUACAGCUUUGUCAUUGUCAAUUACGUGUAGGUACAAGUCAACUAACCAACAAGUUGAACCACCGGUGGUGAUUGAUCUACCUUUAGAGGAUUAUCAUGGAAGUGCUACUGAUCCCAUCUCGUUCAAGCUUGCUAAUAAUGUUUCGAUUGAUGAUGUUAUUAUUACCUUUGAUUUGAUCCCAACUUAUCAAGUGAAUAAAAAGGUGUUGGGAAGAGCUAUUGCUCUUUUGAAGGACGCAUAUACUAAAGUGGGGCCUCAUUUACGCUCACUAAAUAACAAUAUCACCAUUCCCAUCCUCGAAACUACAAAUUUGGACAUCUUGGGGCUUAUUAGGUUUGAAUAUUUGCAAAUCUUGCCCUUCAAGCAUCAUGCCAUGACAAUUGCUAGAUCAGAUACGUAUUGGAAACAAUUGGUAUCCACUAGAGUCAUUGGUCACAGAGGUUUAGGUAAAAAUGUCAGUGGUAGACAAUCAUUACAAUUGGGUGAAAAUACGGUUGAAUCAUUUAUUGCUGCUUCUUCAUUGGGCGCUUCGUAUGUGGAGUUUGACGUACAAUUGACGAAAGAUUUUGUUCCCGUAGUUUACCAUGAUUUCACUGUGGCUGAACUGGGAGUCGAUAUUCCCAUGCAUUUAUUAACGUUGGAGCAAUUUCUUGGCUUAAACAAGGCCAGCGAAAAACCUAACCGUUCAGUUGAUGAUGAAGUGUUGAUAAGAUCCAAACCUAGAGCAAAAUCUUCUUUUCAAUUGAAUGGAAAUCAUCAUGAUGAUGUAGUUGAUAGAGAUUUCGCUAGUCAAUUUGAUGAACGAAUGAAAUUGACCAAAACUUGGAAAAGUAAAGGCUACAAGGGAAAUGCUCGAGGAAGUUCCAUUGCCUCCAAUUUCGUCACUUUGAAAGAUUUGUUUAAGAAAUUACCCCAAAAUGUUGGGUUCAAUAUUGAAUUGAAGUAUCCCAUGUUGGAUGAGGCUGAACAAGAAAGUAUGGGUGAACUAGCCAUCGAUUUGAAUUUGUACUUGGACACCAUAUUAAAAGUGGUUUACGAUGAAAAUACCAAUGGCCGUCAUAUUGUUUUUUCAUCAUUUCAUCCCGAUGUAUGUCUCUUACUUUCAUUGAAACAACCUACUAUGCCGAUUUUGUUUCUAACUGAAGGUGGUACUGCUCCCAUGGCCGAUAUCCGUGCAUCAUCCUUACAAAAUGCUAUCAGAUUUGCCAAGAAAUGGAAUUUGCUUGGAAUUGUAUCAGCGGCACAAGCAUUGGUCAAGACUCCUCGUUUGGCUCAAGUUGUCAAGCUGUCAGGUUUGGUGUGUGUUACUUAUGGAGUCGAAAAUAAUGACCCUGAAUUAGCCAAGAUUCAAAUGAGAGCCGGUGUUGAUGCCGUGAUCGUUGAUAGUGUUUUGGCGGUAAGAGAAGGUUUGAGAGAACAUAAUGAUUCAAGAAAGGAAUUUGAAGAUUCAGGUAGUGAAUAG